GAGGGGCAGUUCCUCUUUCCUUCCCUAGCACAGAGGAGGCCCCAGCUCCCAAGGGGCUAAGAAGCUGGAGCACUGGGGAGGGGGAAGAACUGAGCCAGACUCUUGCAAGACCCCCUCCCCCCACCAGGAAACAUGAACAGGAAAGACAGCAAGAGGAAGUCUCACCAAGAAUGCCCAGGAAAGACAGGGGGGCGGGGCCGGCCCCGACAGGCCCGGCGCCACAAGACGUGCCCCAGCCCCCGGGAAAUCAGCAAGGUCAUGGCUUCCAUGGCUCUGGGCAUGCUGAAUGAAGGCGGCUGCAGUGAAGACGAGCUGCUGGAGAAAUGCAUUCAGUCCUUCGACUCAGCUGGCAGCCUGCGCCAUGGGGACCACAUUCUCAACAUGGUACUGGCCAUGCACAGCUGGGUGCUGCCUUCUGCCCACCUCGCUGCCCGUCUGCUGACCUUGUACCAGGAGGCCACAGGGAACACACAGGAGCAGAGGCGGCUGCAGAUCUGUCACCUGGUCAGAUACUGGCUGACCCAACACCCUGAGACGGUACACCAAGAGCCUCAGUUAGAAGAAGUUAUAGGUCGUUUCUGGGCCACUGUGGAGCAGGAGGGCAACUCUGCCCAGAGGAGCCUGGGAGACUCCUCCAACCUCCUGAGCCCGGGUGGCCCUGGCCCCCCGCCCCCCAUGAGCAGCCCAGGCCUAGGCAAAAAGCGCAAAGUGUCCUUGCUUUUCGACCACCUGGAGACCGGGGAGCUGGCUCAGCAUCUCACUUAUCUGGAGUUCCGGUCCUUCCAGGCGAUCACGCCCCAGGACCUGCGGGGCUACGUUUUGCAGGGCUCCGUGCGGGGCUGCCCGGCCCUGGAGGGAUCCGUAGGGCUCAGCAACAGCGUGUCCCGCUGGGUGCAGGUCAUGGUGCUGAGCCGUCCCGGGCCGGCACAGCGCGCGCAGGUGCUGGACAAGUUCAUCCAGGUGGCACAGAGGCUCCACCAGCUACAGAAUUUCAACACACUGAUGGCCGUCACGGGGGGCCUGUGUCACAGUGCCAUCUCCAGACUCAAGGACUCCCAUGCCCACCUGAGCCCUGACAGCACCAAGGCCCUUCUAGAGCUGUCAGAGCUGCUUGCUGCGCACAACAACUACGCCCGCUAUCGCCGCACCUGGGCUGACUGCACGGGCUUCCGGCUGCCCGUACUGGGCGUGCACCUCAAAGACCUGGUGUCCCUGCAUGAGGCUCAGCCCGACCGGUUGCCUGACGGCCGCCUGCACCUGCCCAAACUCAACAACCUCUACCUGCGGCUGCAAGAGCUGGCAGCCCUCCAGAGGCAGCACCCCCCGUGCGGCGCCAGCGAGGACCUGCUGCACCUGCUCACGCUUUCCCUGGAUCUCUUCUACACGGAGGAUGAGAUCUAUGAGCUUUCUUAUGCCCGGGAGCCCCGCUGUCCCAAGAGUCUGCCACCCUCCCCCUUCAAAGCGCCCCUGGUGGUGGAGUGGGCCCCUGGCGUGACACCCAAGCCUGACAGGGCCACCCUGGGUCGGCACGUGGAGCAGCUGGUGGAGUCUGUGUUCAAGAAUUACGACCCUGAAGGCCGAGGAACCAUCUCCCAGGAGGACUUUGAGCGACUCUCAGGCAACUUCCCCUUUGCCUGCCAUGGGCUUCACCCACCCCCCCACCAGGGGAAUGGCUCCUACAGCCGAGAAGAGCUGACGGGCUACCUGCUCCGGGCCAGCGCCAUCUGCUCCAAGCUGGGCCUGGCCUUCCUGCACAACUUCCAGGAGGUCACUUUCCGCAAGCCCACCUUCUGUGAUAGUUGCAGUGGCUUUCUCUGGGGUGUCACCAAGCAAGGCUACCGCUGUCGGGACUGUGGGCUGUGCUGCCACAAACACUGCAGGGACCGGGUAAAGGUGGAGUGUAAGAAGAGGCCAGGGGCCAAGGGCGACAUGAGCCCCCCUGGAGCCCCCGUCCCGCCUACACUGGUUCCCCAUGCCAGCUGUGGCUCGGAAGACAAUCUCUCCUACACACUAUCCCUGGAACCUGAAACAGGGUGCCACCUUUGCCACGCUUGGACCCAGACAGAGCCCCCACACCCUUCCUGGGAGCCAGAGAUGAGUCAGUCCCAAGUCCUGUUACUCGGCCUCCAGCAGGACCCCCAAAGGCACCGCCGCCUUCCCAUCCACACCACCUUCAGUGAAGACUUUGUCAUCUCUUACUCGGAAAGUUAUUUUCUUCCUUUGCCUCAGAAUGGCCACAACCUGUACUCCCCUUUCCCUGCACCCUGUAUCUGUGCGGUUUCAUGCUGGAUCUGUCUAGACUUAAGGAUCAUCUCACCAACUCCUUACAUCUCCAUUUUACACAUGAGGAAACUGAGGCCCAGGGAGGUUAAGCUGCUCUCCAAGGUGGCAGAGCUCCUAAGUGUUGGAGGCAGGAUUGAAGUCCAGGUCUUCUGUCUGCCUCUAAAAUGGAAGCUCCUUACCAGUUUGCUACACUGACAGCACGGGUCAGGCCGGGGAGGCAGAGUGCCUAAGUUCCAGAGACAGGAGAGAAGGCUAGAGUAGAGGUGGAACAGGGAGCCUGUGAACACCUGAGUCCCUCCCCUACUCAGAGCCCUUCCAUGCCUCCCUCUCACUCAGGGGAAAAGCCAGAGUCCUCACUUCAGCCCACCUCCCACAAUCUGUUUCCAUCACCUCUCUGACCUCACCUACCACCACUCACCCCUUACUCAUCCUGUUCCAGCUACACUGGCCUCUAUGGUCCCUGAACAUGCCAAAAAUACUCCUACCUCAGGGCUUUUGCACUGGCAGUUCCCUCUGCCUGGAAUGCUCUUCCAGAGGCCUACAUGGCUCACUCUUUGGGACUUAGGUCUAAUGUCGCCUUCUCAGGGAGGCCCCUCUGACCAUACUCAAAGUUGCAGUCCACCCCCCAGUCCUGCUUCUCCCUUCCUUAUUUUUCCCUAAAGUCCUUUACUCAUCUAGCAAACUAUACUUUUUACCUAUUUAUCUUGUUGAAUGUCUGCUCCUCUUCACCAGAAAUCGUCAACUCCAGAAGAGCAGGGGUUUUAUAACCUAUAUUUUUUCAGUGUUGUAUCCCUAGUGCUGAGAACAGGGCUGGCACCUGGCAGGUACCUGAGAACUCUUUGUCCAAUGCCUGCAUGUCUCCUUCCCCGUGCCCACAAGAAAGGAAAGAUGUGUUGCUAAAUAGCAAAGGACUAUGAGGGUCAGAGCAACAGGGGCCUGUUGAGACCCAAAGGACAAAGACACCCCUACCCCUCCUCAAACCUGAGCACCCCUGACCUGGCCUCCCCAGAGAUAGGUCCUACAGCUGUCAUAAAUUAAAUUUAUUUUCCAGA